UGAGUAAUAGAAAAAAAGAAGCAUCUAGACCCCCUUGGUUACCACUUUACUGCUCAUAAAUCUAUAAAGAAUAAAACCCCCCUGUUCCUUUGUUCAUUCUCUCUCUCUCUCUCUCGGAAGUGAACUCUGCGUCUGUGAAACAAAUCAAUACGCCACCAUGAGCCGACAUCCUAUUGUCAAGUGGGCUCAGCGGCCUGAUACGCUUUACAUUACUAUUGACUUGCCUGAUGCCCAGGAUGUAAAGCUCAAACUGGAGCCUGAAGGAAAGUUUCUAUUCUCUGCUACCACUGGACCAGAAAAGACACCCUAUGAAGUUGAUCUUGAUCUCUAUGACAAAAUUGAUGUAAAUGAGAGUAAGGCUAGUAUUGGCUUGAGAAAUAUCCGUUACCUAGUGACAAAGGCUGAAAAUAAAUGGUGGAGCAGAUUGAUAAAACAAGAAGGAAAACCUCCUGUGUUCUUGAAAGUUGAUUGGGAUAAAUGGGUAGAUGAGGAUGAGGAGGAAGGCCAAGGACUUGGAAAUGACAUGGACUUUGGCGACAUGGAUUUCUCUAAGCUGAAUAUGGGUGGUGGGGGCGAUGGUCUUGAUGAAUUCGACGAUAGCAGUGACACUGAAGACGAGACCGCUGAAGCAGCACCAUCUGCCUCUGCUGAAUCUGAUACCAAGCCUACUGCAAGUAUGGAGCAUGAAGCAAAACCUUCAGUCUGAUGAGAAAGCUUUCAAGUGGUGGGGUGUGCCUUCAGAUGUUCAAGCCUGCCUGUUUGACAUGUUUUAGUGCCACAUGUAUAAGCACUUAACGAAGUAGAAGGGUAGGAUUCUAUAAGCACAUAACGGAGUGAAGUGUAGUGUUCUUUUUGUUUCUGGUUUUGUUUUUCUUGUAGUAGAUAUUCUCCUUUACAUGAUGCGGUACUUAUAUGAUGGUGAUGAUUUCUAUUC